AUGGACAGCAACUACGAGAUCCUCGAAUCGCUCAUCGCGUGGAUCGCCGGCGACGAGAGCGGCGGCGGCGACGUCGAGCGCUACCUCGCGAGCCCGCGCGUCGCGGCCCUCGCGCGCGUGCUCGACGUCGCCGGGCCGGCCCCGGCGAAGCGCCAGGCCCUCGCGGGGAACCAGCCGCUCCAGCUGCGGGGCCGGCCGCAGGCGCUCCAGCCGCGGACCGCGCGUUUGGUCGCGGCCUUAUCCGACGAGCUCCGCCUCGACGAGGAGGCGUGCCUCGAGCUCUUCGCCAAGGUCACGGACCGCGCGCGGCGCCGCGAGCUCGCGGAGCGCCUGGGCCUGGCCCGGGGCGGCGCGCUCGACGACGACGUCGCGGGCGCCGCGCGGCGGCUCUGGUACUUCGAAGCUCGCUGCGGUCUGCGGGCUCUGGGCGAGCUCGUCAAGGGCGCGCUCGACGGCCGCCUCCCCCGCGCGAAGAAGCGCAUACUCGGGGACGCCGCCGUCGCGUGCCUCCGCGCGGACGUGCCCGCGACGCUCCUCGCCGGCGUCAAGGCGCUGAGCGGCUCCGCGUGGGCGCAGCCGGCCGAGCGCGCGGCCGUCGCGGGCGCGCUCGCCGCGUCCGUCGCCGAGACCUGCUUCUUCGCUUUUUAUGAAGUACAAAUCCUCGACACGGAGGCCGCGCGGCUCUUCGAGGCCGCGCGCGACCUGUCCGCGGCCUUGGACGACGCGGGCCGGAAGGCCGGGACCCCUUCCUUACAUCCGCACGCGGCCAAGCUCCGCCGCUGCCGCGACGUGCUCCUCCUGGCGGCGGUCCAGGCCUUGGACGGGUCCGCGCGCUUCCGGGACCGCGGCGCCGCGGCGCCCUCGAGCUCUACGGCGCUCUUCCUCUACGGCGACGCGGCCGACGGCGAAGAACCCACAGAACCGAACGCGCUCCGCGCGGACGCGGGCGCCGCGCAGCGCUUCGUCGACGCCUGGCCCGCGCCGGAGGGGCUCGAGGGCCGCGGCGCGCGGGGCGUCGCGGCGCUGGCCGUCGCGCUGCUCAAGCGGCCGCGGUCGUGGGACGCCGCGGACCCGGCGUCGGAGCAGGAGCUCAGAAGGCGGCUCGGCGACGCGCUCGACGCGGGCGUCUGCCGGUUCCUCGUGCGGACCCACGGGCUGUUAAGAGGCGCGUUGCGGGACGGCGGCGGCGGCCGCGAGCCCGUGGUCUACCUGGUGGCGUUGGGCGAAUUGGCGAACGCGUUCGUCGAGGCCCUGCUCGACGUCGACGCCUUACCGGGCCCGCGCGGCGACGUCGAGGGCGUCCCGGACGGGCUCGAGGACGUGCUGGCGUUGGUCGUGGGCGUCGGCGAGCGCCUGCCCGCGUUCACGGAGAAGUUCUUCGGGUCUGUGAAUGGUGAUGUCACAGCGCUGGGCCACCUCGUCCGGCGCGUCGGCGACUGCGCGCGCCGCGACGACCUGGGCCGCGUGCCCUACCUCACGCUCCUCGGCGCCGUCGCGCGGGGCUCGCAUGAGACCGCCGACGCCGUCCGCGACUUUUUACGGGCGGGCGACCAGCCGGAAAACGAGUUCGCGGCCGUCGCGCCGAGCGGCGUCUUCGACGGGUCCGCGCCGCCGCCGGGCUACUCGCUCAAGAACUUCCUGGCGUUGGUGGACCGCUACGGCGAGAUGCUGCGGGCCAACGAGCUCGAGCGGUCCGGGGCGACGCCGCCGCCGCCGGGCGCGAUGCAGAAUUUGUAUCGUCCGUUCGACGCGCCGCGCGAGCCGCUCUGGUUGUCCGCGGCGGACGCGGACGCGCUCGUCGCCGUCGCCGACGUGCUCGCCAACUGCGCGCGGCCGUCGCCGGCCCACGUCGAGCGGCUCUGCGACGCGUGUGCUUCAUCUUCCCGCGGCGGCGACGCGCCGGGCCACCGCGACGCGGCGCGCGUCGCGGGGAGCUUGUUACGGCUCUACGCGCGCGAGUCCGACGCCGUGCCGCCGGACCUCAAGGCCGCCUUACUCCGCGCCGUCGUCGCGCUCUGCGCCUGCCCGAAGACGGCCGAGGUCGUCGCGAAGCUCGUCGUGGCCGCGCGCGUCGUCGAGUCGAAGGGCGUCGUGUUUUCCAAGCCGCCCCGGCUCCUCAAGCUGCCGCGGGCCAUGCUCGCGCAGGAGGCGCCGCCGCCGCCGCCGCCGCCCGCGCCGCCGAGCCCCUACGGCGCCGCCUUCGGCCAGGUCGCGGCCGCCGCGGCGCCGCCCGCGGCGCCGGCGCCCGUGUCCGCGGCCGCGGCGCUCUCGCAGCCGGGCGCGGUCAACCCGCUGGUCCAGCAGCUCGACGAGUGCUGCGGCGAGGGCGAGGGCGUCGCCGACCGCGACCUCCGCGGCGCGGAGACGCGGCUCCGGACCUACGGCGCGACGGGCGCCGUGCUCGCGCUGCUGGCGGCCGUGGAGCCGCAUCUCGACAGCGCCGCGCGCGUCGCCGCGGUCAAGUUCGCGGCGCGCGACGUGCUCCUGCGGUGUGCUGUGUGUGCGGAAGCAGCGCCACUCGCCUUCCGCUUCGACGACGAGCGCUGGCGCCUCGCGACGCGCGCGCUCGCGCUCUGCAGCGCCGUGCUCGGCCGCUACGCGCCGGGGUCCGCGGACUGGGCCGACGACUUCGACGGCGCGUCGCGGUCGCCGUCGCCGAGCGGCGGCUUCGCCGUGCUCUACGACGCGCUGGGCCCGGCCUGCGGCCUGCUGCGCGCCGUCGCGGGGUUGGCGGCGCGCGCGCGCGAGGCGGGCGGCGCGGACGACGGUCUCGCGGCCGACUUCGGCGGCGACGACGACGAUUUGUGCCGCGACGACGCCGUGCCGCCGCCCCUGGGCGCCGUGCAGCCCGGCGGGCGCCGCGCGGACGUCGACGACCGGUCGAAGCUGCGCCACGCGCUCGACGUCCGCGCGGUGAAACGCGCGCGGAACGCGGCGCUCGCCGGCGCGGGCGCGGCGUGGUGGCGGUCGCGGUGCGAGGCCGCGGCGCUCGAGCUUUUAGGGGCCGUCGCGGAGCGGGAGGCGGCCUUCGGGGCCGCGUGCCGCGACGCCGCGGCGGGCCGGUCGCCGGCGUCGCGCGCGCUCGUCGACGCGGCCGCGGCGCCGCCGCGGACGCUCGGCGAACUGCUCCUGUCGUCCGCGGGCGCGACCCAGGCGGCGCCGCGGGAGCUGCCCAAGGCCUUCGAGGCCAUGCAGACGUCGCCGGGCCCCGACGGCCUCCCGCACCCGUCCUUCGCGCUCGCGACGGCGGGCGAGAAGCCCGGCGGGCUCCGGGGGUUCCGCGACGACGAUUUGGCGUCCGUCCGCUACUUUGGGUGCGAGCCCCAGGGCCUGCUGUCGGAGCUCGCGGCGCGCGUCGCGCCCCGGGGCGCGCGCCACGCCGAGGCGACGUCCUGCCGCGCCGUGUUCCUCCUGAGCCACGUCGCCGCGACGUCGACGGACGGCGCGGAAAUCGACCGCCGGUCGACGGACGGCGCGCGGUUCCUGGCCGCGCUCGCGGCGUCGGAGCGCGGCCGCGAGCUCCGCGACGCCUUCGCCGCGCGCGUCGCCGCGCCCCUCGAGGGCGACGGCGACGACGACGACGCCUGGGGCGCGACGACGCCCGACGCCGACGGUUUAGCGGACCCGGCGCCGCCCGCGGCCGCCUCUUGGGCCGACGCGCGGUUCGGCGCGCUGGAGCUCCUCGCGGCGCCGGAGACGCGCGACCUCGCGGGCUGGCUCCUCAACGGCGGCGCGCUGUCCGCGGUCGUCGACCUGGCCCUGGCCUGCACGGCGCCGCUGGACAAGGGCCCGCGGCUCGCGGCGAGGGCCUGCGAGACGGGCGAGCGCGCGCUCGGGCUGUUGUUCGUCCUCGCGAAGCGGCGGGCGUCGCGGUCCGCGGUCGUCGACGCCGUGGCCGCCGGCGACGACGGGCGGGCCCUGACGACGCUCGUGGCGCGCGCCGCGGCGGCCGUCGCGGGCGACGCGGUCCCCGCGGCGUCCGCGCGGCUCGCGCGCGCGCUCUUGGACGUCGUCGCGGUGUGCGCGCACGCGUCCAAGCUCCCGGAGGGCGUCGCCGAGCGGAGCCGCGGCCGCUGCCGCGGCGCCGUCGACGCCUACUUCGGCGCGGCGCCGUCGAUCCUCGGGGCGCCCUUCCGCGUGGCCGCGCCGGAACCGGCGCGCCUCGACGACGUCUUCGACCGGGAUCCGUCCUUGCGGAAGCUCGCGCUCGCGCACGCGGCGAAGCCGACGUCGCGCCUCUACGCCGUGCUCGACGUCGUCGACGCCGCGGGCCUCGACGCGGCCGCGCGCAAGGCCCUGCCCGCGGACGUCGCGGAUCGGCUCGGCGCCUGGGCGGCGCACGCGAACGACGCCGCGGCGGCGGAGCGCGCGGCGCUGGACCUCGCGGACGCGGCCCAGCGUCUGGGCGUCGUCGCCGCGGGCUUCGCCUACGAGGCCGCCGUCGUGGAGACGACGCGCGACGCCGACCUGGGCCCCGUGCCCUACCUGACGGCCGGCGGCGACCCCUUCGGCGACGCGGCGCCGGCCGGCCUGGACGCGCCGCGCCGCGCGCUCGUCGCGCUCGUCGAGGCGGCGGCGGGUGCGCUGCAAACGUGCCCGCGGGGCGACGGCGCCGCCGCGGAGCCCCUCGCGCGCGGCCUCGCCGACGGCCUCGCGAACUUGAGGAGUUUGGGCGAGGUCGCGGAUCUCGACGCGUCGAAGCACGUCUCCGAGUUCGCCGCGCUCGUCGCCGCGGUCGGCGCGUCGCUGGAGCGCCGCCGCGACGCGACCACGGAGGUCUUCCGCGGCCACUGCUACGUCGCCCUGGCCCACGGCCUCGCGGCGCUCCGCCGGGGCGGCGCGGCGGGCGCCGUCUCCCACGGCACGUGGUCGCGCGUCUGCGUCGACGCCGCGGCGUCGUCGACGCCCUGGGCGCGCCUCGCCGCGUCGGCGGCGCUCGCCGAGGGCGCGCCCCAGUUCGCCCGCGGCGCCGCGGAGCGGUCCGACGGCCCGCCGGCGCUCUCCGCGGACGCCGUCGCGUCCGCGUUCGCGUCGUUGGAAGACGGCGGCCGCGACGCCGCGCUGGACGCGUCGACGCUGGAGACGGCCGCCGCCGCGCUGCUGCGUUUAGGCGCGGCGCGCCAGGACGUCGCGCUCCGGCUGGUGGAUGGUGGUGUAGUAGAAGCCCUGGCGCGCUGCGGCGCGUUCCGCGUCGCGGCCGGCGCGGCCGGCGACGCGCGCGCGCGCGGCACCGCGCUGAGCCUCGAGCUCCUGCGCGCGCUCCUGGCGCGAUUGCCGGAGCACGCGGCCCUCCGGGGCCAGGCCCGCGCCGUCGCGACCUUCGACGCGGCGUCGACGGCGUCGCUCGCGGCGCGAUAUCUCGACGCGCGGCGGCCGCCCGACGCGCUCGGUUCGCUGCGCGCGCGGUCCGCGCUCGUCGCCAUCCUCGCCGCGCUGGCCAGGCCCACGGUCGACGAGGACUACGUCUCCGGCAAGCGGCGCACCGACGACGACGACUACUGCGCGGGCCUCUGCUGGCACCUCGUCGCGGCGACGGCGGCGGAGGCGCCCGCGCCGGGCCUGGGCGAGGCGGCGGCGGCGCGCCGCGCGCGCGCGCUGGACCGGAGCGAGCGGUCCUGGCGCGCGCCGGCGCCGGACCUGGCGGACCCGGCCUGGUGGGCCCGCGUCGCGCCGGCGACGGCGCGCGAGCGGCGCCAGGCGGACGCGCGGUCGCGGGCGCCGGGCGGCGGCGCGCGCGCGUGGUCGGCCUUCGACGACCGCAAGCUCGCGGCGGCGGCGACGCUCUGGGCGCGCUGCGUCGACUUCGCGCGCGUCGCGCUCCGGGCGCGGCCCGACGACCCGCGGGCCGACGCCGCCGCGCUCGCGCGCCACGUCGCGGCCGCCGCCGCGGUGCUCGACUCGGGCCUCGGCGCCGGCGGCCCGCUCGCGGCGGCCGCGGGCCUCGCAAGCCCCCCCGGCAGGGGCAAGUAA